CCGGCGCCAUGGCGAGAAUGGCCACGGCUUUGGGCGGCAGUGCCGUUGGGGGGCGGACCAUGUCCUGCAGCCUGGACGCGCCCGCCAACGCCAUCAGUGUCUGCCGUGACGGCUCCCAGGUGGCGGUGGCUGGGCGCAACAUCUUCAAGGUCUACGCCAUCGAGGAGGAGCAGCUGUGCGAGAAGGCCAACCUGCGGGUAGGCCGCAAGCCUUCUCUCAAUCUCAGCUGUGCCGACGUGGCCUGGCACCAGGCGGAAGACAAUCUGCUGGCCACGGCCGCCACCAACGGGGCAGUGGUGACCUGGAACCUGGGCAAGCAAUCCCGCAACAAGCAGGACCAACUCUUCAUGGAGCACAAGCGCACAGUCAACAAGGUGUGUUUCCACCCUGUGGAGCUGCACAUCCUCCUGAGUGGAUCCCAGGAUGGCUCUAUGAAGUGCUUCGACCUGAGGAGGAAGGAGUCUGUCUGCACCUUUUCAGGUCAGUCGGAGAGCGUGCGCAAUGUCCACUUCAGCGCCCGCGAUUUCUUCACCUUCGCUGCUACCUUCGAGAAUGGGAACGUACAGCUGUGGGACAUGCGGAGACCUGACCGGUGCGAGAGGAUGUUCACAGCUCACAAUGGACCCGUCUUCUCUUGUGACUGGCACCCGGAUGACAGGGGCUGCCUCGUGACUGGAGGACGGGACAAGAUGGUCAAGGUGUGGGACCUGACUGGUUACAAGGCCAGGGAGAUGUACUGUGUGCAGACCAUUGCCUCCGUGGCACAUGUGCUUUGGCGCCCAGACAGGAGAUACCACAUCACCACCUGCUCCAUGAUGGUGGACCACAACAUCUACAUAUGGGAUGUCCGUAGGCCUUACAUUCCCUUCGCUAUGUUUGAGGAGCACCGUGACGUCACUACUGGCAUUGCCUGGCGCCAUAACCACGACCCCCACUUCCUUCUGUCCGGCUCAAAGGACAGCACCCUCUACCACCAUUUCUUCAAGGAUGCCCAGCGGCCAGCAGGCCAGGCUGUGCCCGAGGGCCUGUGCUUCGGCCUGUUCGGGGAUGUGGCGUUUGCCGUCAAGGAGGGCCUGUGCUCGGCCGAGAGCCACCGCAAGGCCCUGUCCGCCGACCGCCGAUACCCAUUCUUCUUCACCCGGCGGCCGGACCCCACCGAGCAGUUCACCAACGUGUCGAGUGCCCUCAGCCUCUUCGAGACGCAGCCUGGCGCUGCCUCCAUGGACUGGUUCGCUGAGACGGCGGCCCGGUACAGCCUGAGUGGAGGGCCCCUGCCCGAGCUGUGCGACCGUAAUGCUGCCGUCGCCAGGCAACUGAGCCGCCACCAAGUUGCGCAGAUCUGGAGGAUGCUGAAGAUCAUUUACACAGGAACAGGGGCUACCAGCAACAUGUUGUCAGGGUCAGGGAAGACAGGGCCCCCCCUCACUCCCCUCACCAG